CCCACUCUUUGAGAGAGGAUGGUUGAUUUGGAAAGCGAAGUGCCCCCUCUACCUCCCAGGUACAGGUUUCGGGAUUUGCUGCUGGGGGACCAAGGAUGGCAGAACGAUGACAGGGUACAAGUUGAAUUUUAUAUGAAUGAAAACACAUUUAAAGAGAGACUAAAGUUAUUUUUUAUCAAAAACCAGAGGUCAAGUCUAAGAAUACGUCUGUUCAAUUUUUCUCUCAAAUUAUUAAGCUGCUUAUUGUAUAUAAUUCGAGUACUACUAGAAAACCCUUCACAAGGAAAUGAAUGGUCUCACAUCUUUUGGGUGAAAAGAAGUCUACCCUUAUGGGGCUUACAGGUUUCAGUGGCACUGAUAAGUUUAUUUGAAACAAUACUGCUUGGUUAUCUCAGUUACAAGGGAAACAUCUGGGAACAGAUUUUACGGAUACCCUUCAUUUUGGAAAUAAUUAAUGCAGUUCCUUUCAUUAUCUCAAUAUUCUGGCCUUCCUUAAGGAAUCUAUUUGUCCCAGUCUUCUUAAAUUGUUGGCUUGCCAAACAUGCCUUGGAAAAUAUGAUUAAUGAUCUACAUAGAGCCAUUCAGCGUACACAGUCUGCAAUGUUUAACCAAGUUUUGAUUUUAAUAUCUACGUUACUAUGCCUUAUCUUCACCUGCAUUUGUGGAAUUCAACAUCUGGAACGAAUAGGAAAGAAGCUGAAUCUCUUUGACUCCCUUUAUUUCUGCAUUGUGACCUUUUCUACUGUGGGUUUCGGGGAUGUCACUCCUGAGACAUGGUCCUCCAAGCUUUUUGUAGUUGCAAUGAUCUGUGUUGCUCUUGUGGUCCUACCUAUACAGUUUGAACAGCUGGCCUAUUUGUGGAUGGAGAGACAGAAGUCAGGUGGUAACUACAGUCGACACAGAGCUCAAACUGAAAAGCACGUUGUUCUGUGUGUCAGCUCAUUGAAGAUUGACUUACUUAUGGAUUUCCUAAAUGAAUUUUAUGCUCAUCCAAGAUUACAGGAUUAUUAUGUGGUGAUUUUGUGUCCAACUGAAAUGGAUGUGCAAGUUCGAAGGGUCCUACAGAUUCCAAUGUGGUCACAGAGAGUCAUCUACCUUCAAGGUUCAGCUCUUAAAGACCAGGAUCUCUUGAGAGCCAAGAUGGAUGAUGCUGAGGCCUGUUUUAUUUUGAGCAGCCGUUGUGAAGUUGAUAGAACAUCAUCUGACCACCAAACAAUUUUGAGAGCAUGGGCAGUAAAAGAUUUUGCUCCAAAUUGCCCUUUAUAUGUCCAGAUAUUAAAGCCUGAAAAUAAAUUCCAUAUCAAAUUUGCUGAUCAUGUUGUUUGUGAAGAAGAGUUUAAAUACGCCAUGUUAGCUUUAAACUGUAUAUGCCCAGCAACCUCUACACUUAUCACACUACUGGUUCAUACCUCUAGAGGGCAAGAAGGCCAACAGUCACCAGAACAAUGGCAGAAGACAUAUGGUAGAUGCUCUGGGAAUGAAGUAUACCACAUUGUUUUGGAAGAAAGUACAUUUUUUGCUGAAUAUGAAGGGAAAAGUUUUACAUAUGCCUCUUUCCAUGCGCACAAAAAGUUUGGUGUCUGCCUGAUUGGUGUAAGGAGGGAGGAUAAUAAAAACAUUUUACUGAAUCCAGGUCCUCGUUAUAUUAUGAACGCUUCAGAUACGUGUUUUUAUAUUAAUAUUACCAAAGAAGAGAAUUCAGCAUUUAAAAACCAAGACCAACAGAAGAAAAGCAACAUGUCAAGGUCAUUUUAUCAUGGACCUUCUAGAUUACCUGUGCAUAGUAUAAUUGCCAGCAUGGGGACCGUGGCUAUAGACUUGCAAGACACAAGCUGUAGGUCGACCAGUGGCCCCACCCUGUCUCUUCCUGCAGAAGGAAGCAAAGAAGCCAGAAGACCCAGCAUAGCUCCUGUUUUAGAGGUUGCAGAUACUUCAUCUAUUCAAACCUGUGAUCUUCUAAGUGAUCAAUCAGAAGACGAAACUACACCAGAUGAAGUCAUUUCCUCAAAUUUAGAAUAUGCUAAAGGCUACCCACCCUAUUCUCCAUAUAUAGGAAGCUCACCAACAUUUUGUCAUCUCCUUCAUGAAAAAGUGCCAUUUUGCUGCUUGAGAUUAGACAAGAGUUGCCAGCAUAACUACUAUGAGGAUGCAAAAGCCUAUGGAUUCAAAAAUAAGCUAAUUAUAGUUGCAGCUGAAACAGCUGGAAAUGGAUUGUAUAAUUUUAUUGUUCCUCUCAGGGCAUAUUAUAGACCAAAGAAAGAACUUAAUCCCAUAGUACUGCUGUUGGAUAAUCCGCCAGAUAUGCAUUUUCUGGAUGCAAUCUGUUGGUUUCCAAUGGUUUACUACAUGGUGGGCUCUAUUGACAACCUAGACGAUCUACUCAGGUGUGGAGUGACUUUUGCUGCCAACAUGGUGGUUGUGGACAAAGAAAGCACCAUGAGUGCUGAGGAAGACUACAUGGCAGAUGCCAAGACAAUUGUGAAUGUGCAGACUCUUUUCAGGUUGUUUUCCAGUCUCAGUAUUAUCACAGAGCUCACUCACCCAGCCAACAUGAGAUUCAUGCAGUUCAGAGCCAAAGACUGUUACUCUCUUGCUCUUUCAAAACUGGAAAAGAAAGAACGAGAGCGAGGUUCUAACUUGGCCUUUAUGUUCCGACUGCCUUUUGCUGCUGGGAGGGUGUUUAGUAUCAGCAUGUUGGACACGCUUCUCUAUCAGUCGUUUGUGAAGGAUUAUAUGAUUUCUAUUACCAGACUUCUGUUGGGAUUGGACACAACACCAGGAUCUGGGUUUCUUUGUUCCAUGAAGAUCACUGAGGAUGACUUAUGGAUCAGAACAUAUGCCAGACUCUAUCAGAAGCUGUGUUCUUCUACUGGAGAUGUACCCAUUGGAAUCUAUAGGACUGAGUCCCAGAAACUCUCAACAUCUGAGUCUCGAGAAAUAGCAUCACAAUCUCAAAUAUCCAUCAGUGUGGAAGAAUGGGAAGACACCAAAGAUUCCAAAGAACAAGGUCACCAUCGAAGUAACCACCGUAACUCAACAUCCAGUGAUCAGUCAGACCAUCCCUUGCUGCGGAGAAAGAGCAUGCAGUGGGCACGCAGAUUGAGCAGGAAAGGUCCCAAACACUCUGGAAAAGCAGCAGAGAAAAUUACCCAGCAGCGACUGAACCUCUACAGGAGAUCAGAGAGACAAGAGCUUGCUGAACUUGUGAAAAACAGAAUGAAACACUUGGGCCUUUCUACAGGGGGAUAUGAUGAAAUGAAUGACCAUCAAAGUACCCUCUCUUACAUACUGAUUAACCCGUCUCCAGAUACCAGACUAGAGCUGAAUGAUGUAGUGUACUUAAUCAGACCAGAUCCAUUGGCAUAUCUUCCCAACCGUGAACCCAGUCGGAAAAACAGCAUCUGUAAUGUCAGUGGUCCAGAUUCUCGAGAGGAAACUCAACUUUGAUAAAAAGAAAAUGAGACUGUUUUUUCCUACAAUUAUGUUGUUUGAGGUAAUUCCAAAUAGCAGGCAAGAGAAAUAUUACUGGCAUGAAUAAAAUAGAUGAGAAUACAUUCAGUUAACUCAUAUUUUAAAAUAUCUAUCCUCUUAGACGUAUAGAUUAUUUUGAGAUUUAAUGUAUUAUUUAUUAUAAUUCUUGCUGAUAUUUGGAAGACUCGUGGAAUUAUUGUAAAAAGCUAAAUUGAAACUUAAACAGUUAAAUUUAAUAUUUAUUUAUUUGAGUAGACUCCUAAACCUAUGAAGACAUUUUUCAAGGAAUUAAGGUUUUAUGAAAGAGCUAAAAAUCCACUAUCUUGGGCGCAUCAAAAUGGAUUUAGAAGAUUGUUUCUCCUCUUAAAAAUGAAAUAUAUAUUAUAUUCUUAAACUUGUUGUUUUAUAAACUAGAGCUCAUCAUGUCUAGUUUUCUCUACACAAAGACUAACACACUUGUAUGAUUAACAUUUGUGUGUAAGAAUCAUAGUUUGCUUUAGAUUGAAUAUUUAAGUCAUUUUAAAUUUUUUGUUGAUGUGUCCUAAUAUAUUCAUUUCAUAACUUGAAAUGUUCAUAGCAUGUUUUAUUACACUAAAGAACCCAAAACAUUAUUAUAAGACAAGAACAGUAUGCUAAAGAGCAAAUAAGUAUUGUUCUCUUAAAAGACUACCAAAAAUAGAAAAAAUAACUGUGUCUUGGAAUUGAAUCCAAGAAUUGAAAUAUUAACACAUAAAUUCAGUAAUAAUUUGUUCAAACUCUUGGGCUUGAAUAUUUUUCAUAUAUCUAAAUAGUAUAAUUCAUUAGAAAAAGACUUUAAAUUUAAAACAAAGUUUCAUGCUUUUGCAAAUACAAAACAUUUUAAAUACAAAACCCCUCAUUUCUGACUUCAGUAUUGAAAUAAGCACACAAAAACUUUUAGUUAGAAGGUUUUAUUUUUAUUGGAGGAAAAUUCUGUCACUGUCACUGUCACUGUCCUCCCGUUGUUCAUCAAUUUGUUCGAGCGGGCCCAGUAACUUCUCCAUUGGAGACUUUGUUGUUACUGUGUUUGGCAUAUCUAUAGGAAUUAUGUUUUGAUAUUGCAUGAAAGAGCAGACCAUUAAGAUAAAUAGUUUUGCCAUUUAAAUUUACCAUGAGUUUUGGAAGAUAUGAUAGUUAUUAAUUAAAUUGAUUCUUGGUGACACUACUGCUUCUGUUUGUGUUGCUGUUAUUCCUCUACAGAAACAGAUUAUAAACUACUACAGCACAGCUUGCCUGGUAGUGACAGUAUAAUUAAAAGAUACAUCGGUAAAUUUAAAUACAUUUUUCCUAAUUAUUUUAUUUUCCUUUAUAUCUGAAUUUGACAUUGUUAUGACACUAUUCUUUCUUUUCAUAAAGAAGUACAUCAUAUAAGAAUAAAAG